CGUGCCCCGGGAGGGCCCCGCCCUCUCCACCUGGCCCGCGCGUGGCUGGAGGCUCCCCGAGCCGGAAACAGCUCUCCAGGCAGGUGGAGCCUGGCGCAGGUGCAGCCAAUAUGGGUGAGCCCCAGGCGUCCAUGCGGAUCCUGGUGACAGGGGGCUCUGGACUGGUGGGCAGAGCCAUCCAGAAGGUGGUUGCAGAUGGGGCCCGCCUGCCUGGAGAGGAAUGGGUGUUUGUCUCCUCCAAAGAUGCUGAUCUCACGGAUGCAGCACAGACCCAAGCCCUGUUCCAGAAGGUCCAGCCCACCCAUGUCAUCCAUCUUGCUGCAAUGGUUGGCGGCCUGUUCCGGAAUAUCAAAUACAAUUUAGACUUCUGGAGAAAGAACGUGCACAUCAACGACAACGUUUUGCAUUCGGCCUUCGAGGUUGGUGUCUGCAAGGUGGUCUCCUGCCUAUCCACCUGUAUCUUCCCUGACAAGACCACCUAUCCUAUUGAUGAGACCAUGAUCCACAAUGGGCCACCGCACAGCAGCAAUUUUGGGUAUUCAUAUGCCAAGAGGAUGAUUGACGUGCAGAACAGGGCCUACUUCCAGCAGCAUGGCUGUACCUUCACUGCGGUUAUACCCACCAAUGUCUUUGGGCCCCAUGACAACUUCAACAUUGAGGACGGCCAUGUGCUGCCGGGCCUUAUUCACAAGGUGCAUCUGGCCAAGAGCAGCGGCUCAGCUCUGACCGUGUGGGGAACGGGAAAGCCGCGGAGGCAGUUCAUCUACUCACUGGACUUGGCCCGGCUCUUCAUUUGGGUCCUGAGGGAGUACAGUGAGGUGGAGCCCAUCAUCCUCUCAGUGGGUGAGGAGGAGGAGGUUUCCAUCACAGAGGCAGCUGAGGCCGUGGUGGAGGCCAUGGGCUUCCAUGGAGACGUCACCUUUGAUACAACCAAGUCAGAUGGGCAGUUUAAGAAGACUGCCAGCAACAGCAAGCUCCGGACCUACCUGCCUGACUUCCGCUUCACACCCUUCAAGCAGGCUGUGAAGGAAACCUGUGCUUGGUUCACUGACAACUACGAGCAGGCUCGGAAGUGAAGUUGUGCAGCAGGAACAGGUGCUUAACCUGCAAAGCCCUGGGGCCACCACCCUCAGACCUUGCCAGGAGGUGAGGGUGCUGCCCAGCAACUGGGUCACGUUCCAGCUUCUGUGCCAGAGGGAUCCAGGCAGCUGUCCAGCGGGACCCAUGUGUGUCUUUCCUCAGGGAAACCAAGGCCUGAGUCGCUCUACUCUGGUCCCACUGUACCACAUCUGGGGACUAAUAAAAUGCAUUUUCA